UCGAUCUCUAAUUUAUCAAACGUAAAUUACAUAAUAGACGUAACAGAUAAAAUUGUUUAUAAAUUAAUCAAAACUAUUUAUAACAGAAGUUAAAUGCUUUAAAUGCAUAAUUUGAAAAGCUUCUCUGGACGGCCAAUGAAUAUUAAUAACCCUAAAUAUUCAUUAAUAUAAACAAAAAUAACGGUAGAAUAAUAAACAAUCAAUACUUACAUGCUUUUAUAAGCGUGUACAGUUGUAUAUACAAUAACACAGUAGUAUUGAAUAUGCAUGUGCAUACUAGGGUUAUUUAUGAAUUUUUCAAGUACUCAUAAUUAUUAGAUAUGCAACAUUUUAUAAUCGUUAUUUUACGGAAAUGUCGGAAACCAAUAACACGCGUGUUACACUAUUUUAUUUCUUAUGACAGGUGAGACGGUCAGUCCGGCUGUCAUGGAUCAGGUUUAUAAGAAAUAUAAGGAAACGAAAAUGAAUCCCCAGAAGUUGAUGGACGAGCUGGGGAUUGACGUUACGUCAAUGGACAAUAGAGAAACUCUUGGAAUGGGUAUAGUUAGGAAGGAAACAGAGCUAAAUCAUGAUGAAAAACUAUUUCUUUUGGCUGUGGAGAGAGGAGAUUUACCUUCGGUCAGAAGUAGUUUAGAAGAAUCAUUAACUUAUAUGAAUAUUAACAUUAACUGCGUUGACCCGCUUGGAAGGACAGCAUUGUUGAUUAGCAUUGAAAAUGAGAAUAUCGAAAUGAUUGAAUUGCUCUUAUCCUUUAAUGUCGAAGUCGGAGAUUCAUUAUUACAUGCAAUAAAUGAGGAAAACGUCGAAGCCGUUGAAUUAUUGCUAGCAUAUCAAACAAACAAGAAGGAUUUAUCGGGCUUGUUGGGUGCAGUGCCUUCUUCUUCUUUUACACCCGACAUAACUCCUAUCAUACUAGCUGCGCACAGGGAUAAUUAUGAGAUUAUAAAGAUUCUCUUGGAUAGAGGAGAUAGAAUUGGAAAACCCCAUGACGUACGUUGUUCAUGUCUGGAAUGUAAAACAAGAGCUGCGGAAGAUAGCUUGAAUUUAUCUAGAUCAAGAAUUAAUGCUUAUCGAGCUUUAGCGUCACCUUCUUUAAUCGCUCUGUCCAGUAAAGAUCCAAUCUUAACUGCUUUUGAGUUAUCUUGGGAACUAAAGCGAUUGUCUAGGUUAGAAAAUGAAUUUCGAAUUGAGUAUGAAACUCUUUCUAAAAGUUCACAAGACUUUGCUGUUGCUCUUUUGGAUCAAACUAGAGGUUCGAAGGAAUUAGAAGUGAUUCUAAAUCAUAAUUCAGCAGGACUUAGCAAUGAUGGAGACAGAGAAAAUCUAGAUAGACUCCGUUUGGCUAUUAAGUACAAACAGAAAAAGUUUGUUGCCCACUCAAAUUGCCAACAAUUAUUAGCAUCAUUUUGGUAUGAAGGUUUGCCCGGUUUUAGAAGGCGUCACAUUAUAUUUAAGGUUCUAUUAACGGUUACUAUAUGCAUCUGCUACCCAAUCCUGUCGAUUCUCUAUUUGUUAUUACCCAAAUCCUUUUUGGGAAGGUUUAUGCGUCAACCUUUUAUCAAGUUCAUCUGCCAUUCAGCGGCAUAUAUGAGCUUUCUAUUUUUACUUAUUCUGACAUCGCAGAGGAUUGAGAGUACAAUUAAAUAUGGAAAUAACCCGCAAAAGAAUAUUAGAGAAGUUCGAGGUGCUAGUCCCACAAUAAUUGAGUGGAUCAUUUUGGCAUAUGUUUUAGGAUUCACAUGGAUAGAAGUAAAGCAACUGUGGGAUGAUGGAGCCAAGGCCUACGUGCAGGACAUGUGGAAUAUCUUAGAUUUUAUACCCAAUGCUUUAUACAUCGCUACUUACACCCUGAAAUUAGUUGCAUAUUUAAGAGUUCAAGAUGAAAUAGCCCAAGGACAUACGGACGUUGCCAAUCUACCCAGAUCCCAAUGGGACGCUUACGAUCCAAAUUUAAUAAGUGAGGGUCUAUUUGCUACAGCAAAUAUAUUUUCAUCUCUGAAGCUCGUCUAUAUAUUCAUCAUUAAUCCACAUCUGGGCCCCCUGCAAAUUUCACUUGGUCGAAUGGUUAUAGAUAUAUUGAAAUAUGGCUUUAUUGCUGUAUUGGUUGUUUUCGCCUAUUCUUGUGGUGUUAAUCAAUUAUAUUGGUUCUACGCCGAAGCUAAACAGCGUGACUGUGACAUUUGCACUGCCGAAGGAGGUUCAGCCUGUGAAUGCGACAAAUAUCUUGCAAACCUCUUUGAAAUCAUGCAAUCGCUUUAUUUUGCUAUGUUUGGUUUGAUUGAAAUUAAGCAUUUUGAGUUGAAAGAAAAGCAUACGUUUACUGAAUUUGUUGGUAAAACCAUGUACGGAACCUACCUUUUUAUUGCUGUUGUUGUCUUAAUCAACAUGUUAAUUGCCAUGUUGAGUAAUUCUUAUCAAUAUAUUCAAAAUGAUUCGGAUGUUGAAUGGAAGUUUGCCCGGUCUAAAUUAUGGUUAUCAUAUUUUGAAGAAGGUGGAACUCUUCCAACACCUUUUAAUAUCAUUCCUACGCCCAAAAGUGUUUAUUAUAUAUUUCGAUGGAUCAAAGAGAAGCUAUGUGGCUGCCGGGAGGAGCAGAAGAAAAGUAAAUGGCAAAGUAUAAGAAAAUUAGUACAAAGGGCUAGUGAAAAAGAAGCUCAGUAUCAGUUAGUCAUACGAGAUCUUAUUAAGCGGUAUAUAAUGCAGAAACAAAAGGGUGCUUCUGAUAAGGGAGUAACUGAAGACGACCUUAAUGAGAUUAAACAAGAUAUAUCAUCGUUCAGAUAUGAUUUAUUGGAGAUUUUAAGAAACAAUGGAAUGAAAACUCCUACAUACUCGCAUAUGCCUAAGAGUAGAAUUAAGAGAAAAGGUUCUAGAAUGUCAAAUCUUGGUCGGCGAAUGGGUAUGAUGACAAUGGACUCUCCAAAUACGCCUGACGUCCGUCUUCGCCAAAUCGUUCAAAAAACAUCCGGAAUUACAAGAUCAGAGAGUGGUGGAAGUUCAAUUGAAAGCCCUAACACACAUAGAAAGAUAAUUCGAGACAACUCGGAUGGAUCUAUAGGAAAACAAAUGCUUAAUGAGCGAACUGCCCCAACACCUCCUGUAGUUAAAAACGAUACUAUUAAAGAGGAGCAUGAAGAAGACGAUCAGAAGAGAACUGCAAAUGAUACGGCUAAAAGAGAUAAAGCGGUGUCGAAAAAAGCUAAUGAACUACAGUUAGAUUGUAAAAAGCCACCCCUGUCGCCUGACGACGACGGUCUAGUCUAA